AUGGCCAAGGACAAGAAGGGCAAGAGUGAGGCGAAAAAGGCCAAGGCGGCCGAGAAGAAGCAGAAGCAGGAGAAGAAGGCGGACAAGAAGGCAAAGGCCAAGAACGCCAAGAUGGAGGGCAGCGACGCCGAGGACGUCGACCUCGACGCCGUGCUCGAGGAGUACCGCAAGCAGCAGGAGCAGUUCCUCAAGAUCACCGAGACGGUCGCCGAGGCGCCGCCCAAGCCGCGGUCAGCCUCGUGCUUCCUGGCCAGCCCGUCCAACGCCAACCAGCUGCUGCUCUUUGGCGGCGAGUACUUCAACGGCGCGCUGGCGACCUUCUUCAACGACCUGCACGUCUACUACAUCGACCGCGACGAGUGGCGCACCGUGACGUCGCCCAACGCGCCGCUGCCCCGGUCCGGCCACGCCUGGUGCCGCGGCGGCAACCAGAGCAACGCAGUCUACCUGUUCGGCGGCGAGUUCAGCUCGCCCAAGCAGGGCACCUUCUACCACUACAACGACUUCUGGAAGCUCGAGCCCAGCAGCCGCGAGUGGACGCGCCUGGAGCCCAAGGGCAAGACGCCGCCCGCCCGCAGCGGCCACCGCAUGACCUACUUCAAGCAGUACGUCGUCCUGUUCGGCGGCUUCCAGGACACGGCCAACCAGACAAAGUACCUGGCGGACCUGUGGAUCUACGACACGCAGAACUUUGUGUGGCACAGCCCGGCGCUGCCGCCGGCGCAGCUCAAGCCCGACGCCCGCUCGUCCUUCACGCUGCUGCCGCACGAGCAGGGCGCCGUGCUGUACGGCGGGUACUCGCGCGUCAAGGCCACCGUGGCGGCCAACAAGGGCGCCAAGGCCGGGUCGCAGGGGCAGCGCAACGUCCUCAAGCCCAUGGUGCACCAGGACUGCUUCUUCCUGCGCAUCACGCCGCCCGCCGCGGACGGCCCGCCCGGCCAGCCGCCCACGGUGCGGUGGGAGAAGCGCAAGAAGCCGGCCAACGCGCCGGUGCCGACGCGGGCGGGCGCGACCAUGGCGUACCACAAGGGCCGCGGCAUCAUGUUUGGCGGCGUGCACGACGUGGAGGAGAGCGAGGAGGGCAUGGACAGCGAGUUCUUCAACCACAUGUUUGCGUGGAACAUUGAGCGCAACCGCUUCUUCCCGCUGGCGCUGCGGAAGCCGCGCGCGCAGAAGAAGGCGGCCAAUGCCGGAUCAGGCGAGGGGCGGGUCGGCGGCAGGAGGGGCAGGGCGGCGGCGAACGAGGAGGAGCUGCUGAAGCAGCUCGCCGCGCUGGAGACGGGCAAGUCGCUCGAGGACAUUGACUCGAUGGAGAUCGACCGGCCCGCGGGGGCGGAUGCGGAGGUGGACAAGGAGAAACCCGCGCGGGAGAUGCCGGUGUCGAUGGAGUUUCCGCACCAGCGGUUCAACGCGCAGCUGGCGGUGCAGGACGACGUGCUCUACAUCUACGGCGGCACCUUUGAGAAGGGCGAUCGCGAGUUCACCUUUGACGACAUGUACGCCAUCGACCUGGGCAAGAUGGACGGGUGCAAGGAGAUAUUCACCAGGCCUGUUGCGGACUGGAUCGAAUCUGAAUCUGAAGGCGAGGAUGACGAUGAAGACGAGGAUGAUGAGGACGAAGACGAGGAGGAUGAGGAGGGCGACAUUGAGAUGGCGGACGAGCCGAGAAAGUUCACGCCCAGCGCACGCAAGAAGAAGCAGCAGGACGAGGAAUCGGUUGCUGGCAGUGAGACUUCUGUGUCCUCGGGAUCGACUGCUUCAUCGGGGACAUCGGAAGAGGACGAGACAGAAGCAGAUACCGCCGAGGACGAUGGGCUGCCACAUCCAAGGCCAUUUGAAUCGCGGCGAGACUUCUUCCAACGCACGACGGCCGAGUGGCAGGAGGUUCUCAUGACGAGCCUACGCUGGAAGGGCAUCAAGCCCGAGUCGCUGUCGGUCAAGGAGAUAAAGUCCAAGGCGUUUGAGCUCAGCGAGGAGAAGUGGUGGGAUUGCAGAGAAGAGAUCUUGGCUCUCGAGGAGGAGCAGGAGGCUGCGGGCAUUGGCGAGGUGGUGUCGCUGGCUGAUAGGGGCGAGACAGCUACCGCGGGAGGGGCCGGGCGCAGAAGGUAA